UCGGGUUCCCCCACGUGUCCCUCUCUCCCAUUUUUAAAGACCAAAAUCAACAACAACAACAACAACAACAACGUACCACUCUAAUCUAACUCACCAUGGUCCAAGUCGAAGAGAUUGAGCUUGAUUUGGGGUUGUCCAUAGGGGGCAACCACAUCCACAUGGUGGAGGAGAAGGCCGCACCCCACCACCACCACAAGCGCGACAUUCAGGCUCUGCCAAGGAUGGAGGCCAAGAAGAAGCGCCAGCAGAAGAGGGAGCGAGAACCCCAAUGGGAACACCAACACCAACACCCUUUUAAGAGAUCCACCCCUCUCCACCACUUCACCUUCCCCUUUUGCCUCCCAACCCCCAACAAUCUCGCCGUUAACUCCUCUUCUUCUCCGCUUUCCGAUUACCAAACCUCUUCCCGUGAAGAAGGUGGAAGCAGCGACAGCCAGAGCCAUUCAGUUCAUUCGUUGGCAGAAGCAAGCCAGAUGAAGAAUUGCAAGGAAAUGAGCAUAGGAAGCCAAGCUGAAGAAAGUGGUUGUGCUUCAUCUUACCCUAUGAGACCAGAACAACGAAACAACACCCAAGAGAGAAAGCACAUUGUUUUGGAAACUCAAGCAAAACCAGCCGAGCCACAGAAGCAAGAAACAACUCCCACAAGCAUCGUUGCACUUUCAAUUGAAAACUCAAGCACCAACACCAACACCAACCCCUUGGUGGAGACUAAAGUUGACAUAACAGGAAAGCCACCACAGCCCCUCUCUCAAGCCUCUUCGCUCCCUCAAAUGCCUUACGUGUCCACAAAAGGAACCAAUGGGAAAACCGUGAAUGGGUUUCUCUACAGAUACACCAAAUCUGAAGUUAGCAUUGUUUGUGUCUGCCAUGGAAGCACAUUUUCACCCGCGGAGUUUGUGCAGCAUGCAGGGGGCACAGACAUCUCACAUCCUCUCAGACACAUCACAGUAAUUCCUUCUGCCUUUGGCUGAGGCUGAUCCUUUUUUUAUUUUUUGGUUUUGUUCUAGGCCUUUUCUUCUGUUUUGUGUCUGAGAGAGAUGCAGAACUAGAAUCUGAUUCAAGUGACUUAUGUGAUCUUUAGGCAGAGUAUAUAUUUUCGUCAAGUAUGCUAACUGCAUUAACAAUCAGUUACUCUAACCGAGAUUGUUAUCUUGUUUUAGAGAGUACGCUAAUUAGCUUCUAUUUUAUGUUAAUAAUUCUCUUAUUUU